GUAUAAAUCGAGAAAUUUAAGUUGUAUGAAGGAGUUUUAGGUUAUACUGAAUUGUAAAGAUGAAGUUUCACAUGAUUGUGCUUUCUUUUUCCUCUUCUCAGGUUGAUCAAUAUAUCCUGUAACGGUGGCCUUCUCUAGAAUUUCCUUGGUUAAUUUUCCCAUGGAUGCAAGUGGCUUUGUUGAAGAAAAGUCUGAGUGCAGACUCUAUAUUGGCAAUCUUGAUUACAAGAUAUCUGAGGCAACUUUAAUUAAGAUGUUCUCUCCAUUUGGGAAAAUUGUAGCAGAAGAUUUCCUAUUGCACACACGUGGCCCUAAACGCGGAGAACCACGUGGGUUUGCGUUUAUCCAGUUCAGUAAUAGAGAGGAAGCUAAAUUGGCAAAGGUAAAGAUGAAUGGGAGAUUGGUUUGUGGACGUCCAUUAAUUGUACGUCUUGAAAGUGAGAAACACCAGGCUGAAAUGACCCACAACUCUGGUGCAGUCUUUGGCUGUGAGAAUGGUUCCGGACUUGGAGGAAGUAGUUCGGGGCAGGUGAGCCGAAGUGCGAAAAUAGCUGCUAUAAAGAACAAGCUUAAAACUAUGGAGGGAGAAAGUGAAAGUGUUAAAAAGAAGCAAAAACAGUCACAAAUGACUUGUUCUAGUCUAGAUAGCUUGGCACCUUCAUAAAGUGUAGUGUUAGUUUAGAUAGUUUUUGA